AUGGAUGCAAGUUGUGGACCCUCAAAUGCCUUGACUAACUUGUCUAAGCAUUCUCAAAGGGACACUACACUACAGAAUGAAGCAAGUCAGAGAUUCAACGCCUUUAAUAAAGGGCAAGACUUCAAAACCAAUUCAAAUCAGAUUGAUCGAAAUUUAAAUAGAGAUUUUGAGCAGUUCCUGGGACAUCAAAAUCAGUUUCAAGCUCAGCACCAACAAUAUCAAUUCCAGCCGUUCCAACAUUCGAACCAACAGCAACAGCAACAGUUUAACCAACAGCAGCACCACAAUGUGAUGCAUGCCAACCAACAGCCCAUGCAAAAUGGGCAAGCAAAGUGGGUCCUGGACUUUUCUCAGAUGAACAUUGGUGACCAGCAACAAAAGAACAACUGGCAAAGUCAGUUCAUGGCUCAACCCCAGCAAAACAUUCAGCAACAAAGACACCAACAGUCACCACUGCAUCUACAACAGCCUAUGGUAAACCGGUACAUUGCACAGACGAUGCCGUUCAAUUUAUCUAUGAGAACUGAUUUGUCUACCCCACUAACAGAACACCAGGAAGUGCAUCAGGCAGAGCUGGUGCAAGAGAGCUUUAACCAGCAGUUCGACGAAAUUGAAAGAGAACUACAAUCCAAUGAACAAGUGUUAAACAAACAACUUUCUGACAGAGGUGGUGACGAUAAAGCAGAAUUUGCCAAGACGGCACGCCAGGUACAUUCUUCCAUGAUGUCAGUUCAGAAUGAAGAAACGAGUAACAAGUUUCAAAACUCGAACUUCCUUAAACUAAUGUCAUCGAUCUCUAAUCGUUCGGUGGAACUUGAAGGUGAUAAACUUGUAGAUACUGAUACUAGAGUGGACAUCAGAGAGCAUUUAGCAGACCCUUUACAACACGAAAAGGCAGAAGCAGCAGCAGAUAGAGAAAGGGCAAAUGUGGAGCAAAUGAAUUUGGAUAAUAAUGUGUAUCCUUUGACACAAGCUGAGACAGCCCCUGCAAUUAAUGUGCCAUAUUUAAGACCUCCUGGCAUAACAAGGCCCGUUCAGCAAAGAGAAGAGUCACAAAUUAAUACAUUACCCGACCCAUUGGCUCAUAUCAGAGAUGGAGGACUUGAUGGGAUUACAGAUCCGCUUAUGGCUGCUAAGAUAAUAUCAGGUAAUCAAGUUAAGGAUAAGCAUUGGCUAGGAUCGAACAAUAACGAUGAUGAUUGGUUGGAUAUGACUGAAGAUGCUCCAUCUCGUCCUGGGAGCAUUCUCAAUCCAAGAGAUCAAGAAAUGUACGACGACUACAGGCACGAUGACGACUACCAUUAG